AUUUCCUCAACUCUUAAUUCUAUUCUGUUGUUUCUUAGUAGCGCUUGUCAUGGCGGAGUUUUCCCAUGCCCAGACCACUCUAACCAAUAACGUUCUUACUCAAGGCCAACACCUAUCAAUUGGUUCUCAAUUAAUUUCAUCCACCGCCACUUUUGUGCUAGGAUUUUACAAUCCUCCAAGUUCUAAUUCCACUUACUUGGGAAUUUCCUACAACACAAAUGACCAGAAACCAAUCUGGAUAGCCAAUCGAAACUCCCCAUUUCCCAACAAUUCUGCUUCCAUCAGCCUCACAAUCGACGUCAACGGCAGCUUGAAAAUCCAAAGUGGGAAUUAUUUCUUUUCACUUUUCAAUGGCGGACAACCAACCACCAGCAGCGCCAUUUUACAAGACGACGGCAACUUUGUACUACGAGAGAUGAACAGAGAUGGGUCAGUAAAGCAGAUUGUGUGGCAGAGCUUUGAUCAUCCAACAGAUACACUUCUUCCCAGAAUGAAAAUCGGGAUCAAUCACAAAACAAACUCCACUUGGUCAUUAACAUCAUGGAGAAGCGAUGAAUCUCCGAAGCCAGGAGCUUUCAGACUGGGAAUGAAUCCAAACAAUACGUACGAGUUAGUGAUGUUUAUUCAAGAUGAUCUGCUUUGGAGGAGUGGGAAUUGGAAAGACGGUUCGUUCGAAUUCUUGGCAAGCUAUAUAAGCAAAGGAAUCAAUUUCAAUCGAGUUUCGAAUGAGAACGAAACGUAUUUCAUUUACUACAUCCCGGGACUCCAUCGAUAUUCUGUCUAUGAAAAUUCAUAUGAUUACGAAGGGUCAAGGGAAUUUAUACUACCCCAAUGGACAUUAGAAAAUGAUGGGGUUUUGAUAUUCAACAAUCAACAAUAUUUUCCACUCGUUUGCCUCAACUCUCGAAAUGAAAUGGAUAGUAGUUGUGUGAGGAGAAAGCAGGAACAACUACCGGAGUGCAGGAAUGAGUUGUCUUAUGGCUAUGGUCCGGGCUUUUCGGUUAUUAAUGGUUACAAGGGUGAGAGGAUUAAUGGUUCUAAUUAUUACUACGAACAAAGUGGGAACUUAACCACGCUUGAAUGCCAUAGUAUUUGCAUGAAUGAUUGUGACUGCAUCGCUUUUGCGAUUCCAGCGUACGGGAGUGACUCCGGCUGUGAGUUUUGGAAGUCAGUUCCCAAGUUUAUUCCAGACUACGACAGUUCACAAACGAUUUGGUCGUUAAUGAACACAAAUUACAAGUCUCGAAAUGGAUUGGAGUUAUAUAUAGAUUCGGAGAAGAAGUUAAUAUUUGAUUGGGAAAAACGUUUGCACGUUGUCCAAGGAAUAGUUCAAGGACUACUCUACCUUCACUACUACUCAAGAGUACGAAUAAUUCAUCGAGAUUUAAAAGUUAGCAACAUUUUACUCGAUGAUGAAAUGAAUGCAAAAAUAUCGGAUUUUGGUAUGGCUAGAGUCUUUAAGCCAUCGGACAACGAAGCAAACACAAGUCGGGUGGUUGGUACAUAUGGGUAUAUAUCACCAGAAUAUGCAAUGGAGGGUAUUUUUUCAAUAAAGUCUGAUGUAUACAGUUUUGGAAUACUAUUGUUGGAGAUCAUAACAAGUCAAAAGAACUACCACAAUUAUGACACAGAACGACCACUUAACCUCAUAGGAUAUGCAUGGGAAUUGUGGGUGAAUGGGAGAGGAGAAGAGCUGAUUGACUUGGGUUUAUGCAAUUCUGAUGAUCAAAAAGCAAAGGCCCUAAGGUGCAUUCAUGUUAGUCUUCUAUGUGUUCAACAAAUCCCAGGGAAUAGGCCGACGAUGUUGGAUAUUUAUUUCAUGAUCAACAAUGAUUCCGCUCAACUUCCAUCUCCCAAACAACCUGCUUUUUUUAUUGCUCAAAACCCAAGUUCCUUCGAACGGGAAAUGGAAGAGGUGGAUAGUGAACUCAUACGACCCAUAGAACCAACGACGCCGGAAAUUUAUUCAUUGAAUUCUAUGACACUCUCAACGAUGGUUGCUAGGUGAAGCCCUGAUCGAUCAUUGUGUCUCAAAUCAACUUAAUAUUCUCACUUUAUGUCUGUCAUAAUAGUUCUGUAGUAGUGUUUUACCAUUAUUGUAUUGCAAGUAGUUGGACAAAUGAGUAAAUUUUAAAAUUAAAUAAAAGGGUAAUUUCAAAUAGAACUAUUUUUUUUUUUAAAAAAAA